AUGUAUCAAUCACAGACUACACCUUCCUGUAUCCCUCAGCUGAAAAUAUCCAGGUACGACAACGACCCUCUGACUCCAGAGGAUCGGAUGAACUCUGUGUUCAUUGACAUCGGUCACAGAACAUCUAAGCCCAUCGGACAGAACCAGGGAGAAACCAACUCCGAUUCACCACAAGACAAGAUGGAGGACAUAAAAAGCUAUAGACGCUUGACUCUACCAGUGCCUGAGGAUGGGAUCGUACACAUUGAGUUCCAGUUACGCAAACAAGUAGAGAUGCUUUUCAUUCAGGCCAUGUUCAUGGGCAGUGAGGAGAGCCUGGAGCUCUACAAUAGUAACCACUCCUCUCCCAGUGGAUCAUACAUCCAGAUCCAACGCCUCCGCUCUCCACCACAGGGUAAGAGUCGAGUCCCCCUGACCUAUGGUAUACCGUUGAUGAAAAUAAUACUUUUUUUGCAUUUUAUGUUCCAGAUUGGAAAACCUCUUCCUAUAUCUGUAGGGAGCACUUUCCAACUCACUGAGCUUCACUAUCUGGUGACGUCCAGGGGUCAGGUGGUGGCUGCUGGGACAGCAACCUCUCCCUCCUUCUCUCUGUCCCCUGCAGUAUCCUGGUCACCAGAGGCCUGCAUCACUGUGUUCUGUGUCCUACCAGAUGGAGAGAUCAUCAAUUACUCAAUGCACGUAUUCAUCAAGCCCCAUGGAGUCCUACAAAAUGAAGUAUAUCUGAGCUGGAGCCAUGAGAAGGUGAUGCCAGGUGAAGAGGUGUCCCUCACUGUCCUUGUGAUUGAACCUGGCUCUCUGGUCGGAAUCAUGGUGGUGGACAUGGAGGACAAGGACUUUGACUCUGGUGACAUCACAGAGGAGAAGGUGCUGGCGGAAAUGACUGAAUACCUCAAGGAGGAGAUAACCCUUCCCCAUAGUGGAAUAACUGGAGGGAACGACAGCCCGCUCUCCGUUUUCACGGCUUGCAACCUUGUGGUAUUAACAGAUGCCAGUUUACAUACAACUGGAGAUUAUCAGGAGACUGAAAUGGAUCAUGAGGCGGAGGCUCUCAUGAGAGAGGAUCAGCCGGAGUGGAGGCCUUCCAUGGGACAGGACUUCUCGAAGACCUGGCUGUGGCUGGACAUGAACAUCAGUGAGUCAACAACAACUAGUUUCCAUGUGGCUGUCCCAGACAGCAUCACCUCCUGGAGAGCAAUGGCGUUUGUUAUGUCAGAUAACCUGGGCUUGGGCCUCACCUUUAAACCACAGAAGCUGAUAGUGUCCACAGAUUUCUCCCUGUCUCUGGAUGUCCCAGAAUGCAUCACCAGAGGGGAGCAGCUUGUCCUCGAGGUCAACCUCUUCAACCAUCUAGAAGAGGACACGGAGGUCAUAGUGGUGGUUGCUGAGAGCUCUCGCUUUGAGUUUGUUCUGGCAGACCGAGACCUUGUUUCUAUGGUGAACGCACGUAGAGUGACGGUGGGGAGCCAGGGCGGCGCCACCGCUCUCUUUCCCAUCAGGCCUCUGGUUUUUGGAGAGAUAUUGAUGUCUGUGAAAGCAAUGACUGGACAGGCCACAGAAAAGAUUGUUCGUAAAGUGCUUGUGAAGCCUGAGGGUAAAGAACAGUCCUACUCAGAGACAGUGUUCCUGGAGGUGGUUCCGACCAACCAUAACCUGUCCAGACAGCUCCACUUCUCCUUCCCUCCAGAUGUAGUGCCAGGCAGCGAGAGGGUUCACGUGGCAGUGGUUGGUGAUAUCUUGGGCCUGUCCAUCACAGGGCUGGGCUUGCUGGUUAAGAUGCCUCUCGGCUGUGGAGAGCAGAACAUGAUCAACUUCGCUCCCAACGUCUAUGUCCUGCAGCGCUUGGCAAAAUCCAUCCAGCGAUACGAGGAGAUACGCAGCAAGGCUUUGUCAUACAUGAUGGAAGGAUAUCAGAGACAGCUAUCUUUCCAGAGAGAUGAUGGAUCCUUCAGUGCCUUUGGAGCCAGCGACACUUCUGGUAGUACCUGGCUGACAGCGUUUGUCCUGAGGUGUUUCCUGCAGGCCCGGUCCUUCAUGCAGAUUGACCAGAGUGUUCUCUCCAAGGCCAUGGGCUGGCUGGUCCAGCAGCAGGGAUCCCAGGGAGAGUUCAUCGAGAUGGGCAGGGUCAUUCAUACUGAGCUGCAGGGAGGCCUGGAUGGACCUGUCUCUCUCACCUCCUAUGUACUGGUGACACUGCUGGAGGACCAGGCCUAUGUGAGCAUGUUCCCCGGCAACGAGUCCCUGACCAGGAGCUAUCUGGAGGGCGAAGUGGCUAGCGGGGUGUCCAGUAACUACAGCCUGUGUCUGGCGGCAUACGCCCUGUCUCUGGCUAACAGUCUCACCGCAGGCACAGCCCUGGAUGAGCUCAAGAGGAGAGCUGAUAUUAGAGAUGGGGUCCAGAUCUGGCGGUCGUCCAGUGCCGAGGUGUCUGACUCAUGGCAGCCGCGAUCAGCAGAGAUAGAGAUGGCUGCCUACGUGUUGCUGGCGCUGUACAAGCGGGCUAGUGUGGUGGAGGCCAUCUCCCUCAUGAAGUGGCUGAGUCAGCAGAGGAACCACCUGGGGGCAUACGGGAGCACACAGGACACAGUGGUAGCCCUACAAGCCCUGUCUGUCUACGCUGCCUUUAGUGGGGCAGAUGCCAUUGAGCUGGGGGUCGAAGUGUCCACCUCAGUCUCACCUACAGUGUCCCAUUUCAACAUCAACUCCACCAACUACCUGGUACAUCAGAGCAAAGAGGUAGAUGCUGAACAAGAUUUACUCAUCAAUGUAUUUAUGGAGGGAAGAGGAUUCGCCUUAUUUCAGAUGAAUGUGUUCUACAACAUAGAUGACAGAGUGCUGUCUGAGAGGAGCCAUGAUGACACAGACCAUGAAGGUUUCUCUCUGGAAGUUGAAGUUUUAGAUGAUGAGGAUGACCUGGACCAUAUCAUGUUAUCCAUAUGCACCAGGCUGCUGGAGAGCCAGAAGAUAGCUCAGACAGGUAUGGUGCUGAUAGAUGUAGGUGUGCUGAGUGGCUUCACCCUUGCGCCACAGGCUGUUGCCACGGGUGACCUGGUCAGAAAAGUUGAGGCUUCUCCUGGGAAAGUUAGCCUCUAUUUAGAUUCAUUGACCACAACACAGGUGUGCAUCAGAAUCCCAAUGAUAAGAAACUUCAAAGUGUCACAUGUGCAAGAUGCUGUGGUUCAGGUGUACGACUACUAUGAACCAAGGCGUAAAGCAGUGAGGUCCUACAACUCCGAUGUGAUGCAGGACAUGGGCUCCUGUGCCUUCUGUGGGAGAGACUGCGGUCUCUGCAGGCAAGAAAUAAUAAUCUCGAGCUCCUCCACCGCCCACACAAAGAACACUGCCAUCUACUGGUUGGGAUGUGUACUGAUUGCAAUUACAGCUUUACUGUUAUAACAAUGUCAAUGUCUCCUGGACAGAUCUACGUAAACAUAACUGGCACCAUAGAAUCUAUGGGAUGUGUGAGAUAACGAGCAGCAGUAGUUCUGAUGUUGAGGUUUUUUCGUCGCUAGUUAUUUGGACAAAUCACGAUUUGGCAGGUGUUAGCGUCUUUAGAAUUGUGAAUGGGAGCGGACAUUCGGGCCGUGACUUGUAAAGAGAGAGGGUGGAGCUCCUGAUUCUAGCAUUUCUUCAUCACUUUUGGACCCAGAACUUAAUCCAGCAGCUGCCCAAUUACACAAGAUUUUAGUUUCAUGGUAACUGAGAUUGUAAUAAUAUAAACUGCAUAUUUUAAAAGCCGUUGUCAGAAGGCAAAAACUACCUGUAGAAAUAUCUAAUUAUUAUUCUAUGAAUAUAUUUUAUUUACUUUAGCCUUAACCAGUAAAUUGGUCAAAUCAGACUGUUUUAUUAGCUAUUUGAUGCGCUGGAUUUAAUGUGGAAUGUACUUUUUAUAUUUAUCAUAAAUCAGUUUUUUUUUUUAGCAACCUCAUUAAUUUGUACACAAAUAUAAACAAAGUAAAAUAAAUUGAGGUGAAUAUACAGUUUGCAGGACACUUAUGAGUUACGUGGCAGACUAAAUGGCUCAUGAUGUAACCUAGAUUCUGGAUGAUUGGCAACAGAAGACAUAAAGACGAUUAGGUUCUUACCCUCCACAUGUCUCUGACCCUUUGGAAGAUUAAGACAGACAUGUUAAGAUGAAGCAGUAAAUUAAGAUUUAUUCUGGCAGCACUCAACUUGACUCCAUGCAAAUGCAUCUUGUGGGAUCAAUCUGUUUUAGCUUACAGUGAUGUAUGGCACUUUUGGCAGCAUCUGGCCGUUGCGUGCACUGGACUCUUCUGUGAGUUUGUGUAACUCUUGCCACUUUAGGAGAGAUGUAAUCUCGUCCACCAGCCGGCUCUCUCUCUAUGCUCCAGCAAUUUGAGCCUGGCGACGAGGUUAUAGAGAAACCACGGUUUCUAUGGCUUGGGUCAGUCAACCGUAAAGUCUACCACGAGGAUGAUGAAAGGACUUAGAAGUGAAACUCUGUUUCAGGUGAUGUCUAAUCUCACAUGUGUAAUGUCUCUAGUAUCUGUCAUUGGGAUAUCUCUCGUCACAUCUUUAUUGUGAUGUAGCUCAAAGCUUGGGUGUGACAAGUUCCUGCUCUCUGGCUUUAACCCUGUAAUACCUUGCUUCUACCGUACUGGACAGCACCACUCUGUCAGAAUGACUGUUACACAAUCAUUAUAAACCUUCCCUGCUUUAUCUACAGCCAGCUGAAUGGGGAUAAUUAGUGUGCUGGCCAACUAGGCUUCCUCAGCUGUUUCUAUUCACAGACAGACAGACGGACGGACAGACCGCAGACUAGACAUAACAGGGCGUAGCGUGGGCAGCUGCUGCAGCAGGACUGUUCCAGGGCCUGUUCUAUGUCUUCGCACCAAUACCUUCCUGUUAGAAUAUGAUCAUUCCCAUAUCAUUCCCAGUGACUUCCUCUGAGAGUGGCUAACUGACAAUACCUUUGUCCAUAUAAUUUCUGUCCAUUUGUAAACAUACAAAACUAUUUAAAUCUACAGGUCAUGCAACUCAUCAGUCUCUGUAGCCUGUUGGCUGUGUGACCACCUAUAACUCCCAGAGCAGUGACACAGAACGGCUGCAUAUCAUACAGCGUCUAUUAAAAACAGGUGUGCUCACCAGAGGAUGAGGUUGUUAGUGUACACAGGAAAGACGGAUUCACAGACACGCCUUGCUCCUCCUGUGUUGUGGCGAGAUGCGAACACAUAAUAAUCAAAGACACCCUCUUAAAUACACAUGUUGCUCAGUCAGCUGUGACGGCACGCUGUGCCCAUGGGAAUAUAAACAAGGCAGAGGAGGGGAUGGGAACACACACACACACACACACACACAUUCUAAGCAAAUUUAAAGUAAAUACACACACACUAAUUCCACAAUAUUAACAUGCCAGGUCGCUGUGUACACAAGAAUGUUUUUUUUUUUUUAUGCAUUACCAAAUUACACUACAUGACCAAAAUUAUGUGGACACCUGCUCGUCGAACAUUUCAUUCCAAAAUCACGGGCAUUAAUAUGGAGUUGGUCCCCCUUUGCUGCUAUAAUAGCCACCACAGCUAAUAAACCACUAGAUGUUGCAACAUUGCUGUGAGGACUUGCUUCCAUUCAGCCACAAGUAUUAGUGAGAUCGGACACUGAUGUUUGGUGAUUAGGCCUGGCUCGCAGUCGGCAUUCCAAUUCUUCCCAAAGCUGUUCGAAGAAGUUGAGGUCAGGGCUCUGUGCAGGCCAGUUAAAACCUUGAGUGUAAGGGGCAGUAUUUUGA